CAACCUCGCCACUUUCCAAACAGAAAACUUCGGAAACAGUGUUUACUGUCUCCCACUACUCUCUCCAUUCCGUUUGCUUUCUCUUCCCAUUUCAACUCUUUCUAUAUACCAUUUCCCCAAACUUCUCUUUUUUCAAAUAUCAUUAAGUCACCAUUUUUACUUGUGAGUUUUCAUCACACACACACAUCUUCUCCAACAGCUACUUUACUCCAACUAUUAUGUCAAGCAAAGAGGUGGGAAAUUAAAAAAUGUCUAAGGUGUCUGUUCAUUUGUUGGGUGUUGUUUUGUGGCUAAGUUGUUGGUUGGUGUUGAAUGGAGAAGCUCAAGUUGAUUACUUGAAAUACAAAGAUCCAAAGGAACCUUUUGCAACUCGUGUUAAGGACUUGUUGAGUAGAAUGACUCUUGAUGAGAAGAUUGGUCAAAUGGUUCAAAUUGAUAGGAGUGUUGCUAAUGCUAAUGUUAUGAAAACUAGCUUCAUUGGGAGUGUAUUGAGUGGUGGCGGUAGUGAACCUCUUCCAAAGGCUACUGCUGAAGAUUGGGUGAAUAUGAUAAAUGAAUUUCAGAAAGGGUCUCUAGCAAGUAGAUUAGGCAUUCCAAUGAUGUAUGGUAUUGAUGCUGUUCAUGGACAUAAUAAUGUCUAUAAUGCUACCAUUUUCCCCCAUAAUGUUGGGCUUGGAUGUACUAGGGAUCCUGGCUUGGUGCAAAGGAUCGGUGCUGCAACUGCUCUUGAAGUCAGAGCUACAGGGAUUCCUUAUGUUUUUGCUCCAUGCAUUGCGGUCUGUAGAGAUCCAAGAUGGGGUCGGUGUUAUGAAAGCUAUAGCGAGGAUCCUAAAAUUGUGCGAGACAUGACAGAUAUCAUACCUGGUCUACAAGGAGAUAUCCCUGCCAAUGGCAAGAAGGGGUUUCCAUAUGUUGGUGGCAAGACAAAGGUAGCAGCUUGUGCUAAGCAUUUUGUUGGAGAUGGCGGUACAAACAAGGGAGUAAAUGAGAACAAUGCAGUGAUUGACUGGCAUGGACUGCUGAGCAUUCACAUGCCUGCGUAUUAUGAUUCCAUCAUUAAGGGGGUCUCAACUGUCAUGGUUUCGUACUCCAGUUGGAAUGGUGUAAAGAUGCAUGCUAAUCGGGAUCUAAUCACUGGCUUUCUCAAGACUACCCUUAAGUUUAAGGGAUUUGUCAUCUCAGAUUGGCAAGGUAUCGACAAAAUCACAACACCACCUGAUUCAAACUACACAUACUCGGUCCAGGCUUCCAUUGAAGCCGGCGUUGAUAUGGUGAUGGUUCCAUACAAAUUCGAUGAGUUCAUUCAGGAUCUUACACUCUUGGUGAAGAAUAAUGUCAUUCCAAUGGAUCGUAUUGAUGAUGCUGUGGAGAGAAUUUUGCUUGUAAAGUUCACCAUGGGUCUUUUUGAGAAUCCUUUAGCCGAUUUCAGCUUAAUCAAUGAGCUUGGAAGCCAGGCACACAGAGACCUAGCAAGGGAAGCUGUGAGAAAAUCUCUUGUGCUGCUUAAGAAUGGGAAAAAUGAUAGUGCUCCACUUCUUCCUCUUCCAAAGAAAAUCCCAAAACUCUUAGUUGCUGGCACUCAUGCUGAUAAUUUGGGUUACCAAUGUGGAGGGUGGACAAUGAAAUGGCAAGGAUUCAUCGGCAACAGUGACACAAGUGGAACUACUAUUCUCAGUGCUAUCAAUUCAACUGUUGAUCCAAGAACAGAAGUUGUUUUUCGUGAGAACCCCGACGCUGAUUUUGUUAAGUCCAACAACUUUGAAUAUGCCAUUAUUGUUGUUGGCGAGCUUCCUUACGCCGAGACUGCCGGUGACAGCACAACACUUACAAUGAUAGAUCCUGGUCCAAAUAUCAUCAACAAUGUCUGUGGAGCUGUCAAGUGUGUGGUUGUAACUGUUUCCGGCAGACCUAUUGUAAUUGAACCGUAUCUUUCCUCCAUAGAUGCAUUAGUGGCAGCAUGGCUACCAGGCACUGAGGGACAAGGUGUGACCGAUGUUCUUUUUGGUGACUAUGGUUUCAGUGGUAAGCUUGCAAGGACAUGGUUCAAAUCUGUAGAUCAACUCCCAAUGAAUGUUGGUGAUCCUCACUAUGAUCCACUUUUUCCUUUUGGUUUUGGACUAACAACUGAAUCCGUCAGAGACCUAGUAGAAAGGUCAACCUCCGCUACUGUAAGUGCACGAGCUUGUACAUUUACCAUUAUGGUGACACUACUCAUCAGCUUAUAUUUAACUGGCUAAGCAAGGUGAUUAUGGAAGCUUAUUGGAGUUGGCAGCUAGAGAACUAACUUGGGAUAUUUCCUAGAUUAGUCCUUUUUUAGUUCAAAUUCAUUGUAUUAGAACAUUAUUAUUAUUAUUAUUAUUAUUAUUAUUAUUAUUAUUAUUAUUAUUAUUAUUCAUGAACUAGGGCAUUUUUUCGGUAUAUACACAGAUAAUUUCUUGAUUCUCCUGUAUUUAUUUAUUUAUUUUUCUUGAGUUUGGGCUUCAAGCAUUGA